AUGUUGCCGGUUUCGCGACCUGACGGUCAGAUGAAUUUCAAUUACAUCCCAACCACCCAACCCAUGUCGGGUACCUCGACGGGGCGCAGCUCUCCCAGUGAACUGGCAGGGUCUGGAAACUCAAGAAUGCCGUUUGGACCUUCUCCGGGGUCCAUUGGUAGUUCGAGGCCGGGGGCUGGCUCCCCUUCUCACGAUUUGGCAUCACGUCUAUACUCUAAGCGAGCCCGUGAAAUUCAAGCGCAAGAAGGCAUUUCUCCUAGUAUUUGGGGACCUCCUACUAGUGGCCAUUCAACCCCGCUUCGCGAGAAUAUUCCCGAAUCGCCGAGUCAAGAUAGCUUUCCCGAUUUGAUGCCUACCACCAAUGGCUCAAUGGACAGCCCUGGUCGCCGAGCUCGCGCUGGAACGGUUCCAUCUCGUUUCCCUCCAAUGGGCACGCUGAAUGAGAUGGAUCUUCAGCAGCCUUAUAUGCCGCAAACUUCACGGCCCACACCCUCAACUAGUCCCUUUAGGCCUCCCGGCGUUUCCGGCAUAGAUGCAAGUUCCAAGGUCGCGAGUGCAACUAGUGUGCCCAACCCGACAUCGCUAUCUCGCCUUCGAGCUGGUUCGAUGCCACAAAGAAGCAACUUCUUGGGAGGUGGCGGCCCCUUCGGCCCAUCGCUGUUUUCAACCAACUGGUCGACGGGUCGGGAGAGGGCCACAACUUUAACCAGCAUUCGAUCUUCGGAAGGGCCGACUUCGCCCAGCCACUCUUCUUUCUCGAGGGAUGGACUCGCGGACACCGAUGUGAAGACCUUGGAUUACUUGGGGCUUGCUGAGACCCCUCAACAGGGAAUGUCCUCUCUUGCACGUCCCUCAAUGGAAGCUUUGAUGCAACAGCAGCAGCAGCAACAACAAGCUUCCGCGCUGCCGCCACUCCUGGCUGAGUUGGCGAUGAUGAAGAACAAUAAUCGAUUCCGAUCAUACUCUGUCAAUGCCAAGGAGAAGUACGCGGAUGACGAGGAUCUUGAAUACGAGAGCCGUUACUCUCAACUUCCCUCCGGCACUAUGACACCAACCGCCGCUGCAACUGCCGCGCAACUUGCCGCCACACAGGCCCAGAUUCACCAGCAUAAUCUCGCCGUCCAGGCUUUCGCCAGCCAUGCCUCUGUUAGCAGACCCCGGGCGCGGACUGCUGGCAUUUUGGAGGCACCUCCCCAGCGAUCAUCCAUUCGCAACUACCUCGCCACACCUUCCCGCCUCGACAACAGCUUCAGUGCUGCUGACCUGCAGAUCCCCGAGAAUGGUGAAUAUGACGAAUUGUCCGAGGCAGUUCAACUGAUGCAUCUCGGCGGUAACGGUAUUCCAGCCAUGGGUGGCCGACAGGCCGGCGAAAUGGCAGAUGAGAACAAUCAGGAUGGGCCUACUCGGGCACUUUGGAUUGGUAGCAUUCCCGUCUCCACUACCGUCACGUCACUAGAGGCCAUCUUUGGCAUGUAUGGAAAGAUCGAGUCGACUCGUGUUCUAACCCACAAGAACUGCGGGUUUGUCAACUUUGAUCGCCUUGACAGCGCCGUGCAAGCCAAGUCGCUGCUCAAUGGCAAGGAGAUUUUCCCAGGCGCAGGCCCCGUUAGAAUUGGUUAUGCCAAGGUUCCCGGUGCAUCAGCCACCGGUACUCCUGGCGCAAAUGGCAUCCAGUCGUCUCCAACUCCUGACCAAAACUUCAGAUCAAAUCUUGCAACGGCAGAUGGGGCGGAUCGAGCGGACAACGCUAACGUUAUCCCUCAGAUUCCUGCUCUGGCUGAUCUGUUGCCUGAGAUGGUACAAAUUGUGCAGGAAUUCGGCGCAAGCGAAGAUGACUUGAAGAACAUCACGGCAAGCAUCCAGACUUCCAUCGCGUUCCAGGCUUUCGAGGAUGAAAUCCCCUCGGUCCAGGAAGCGAGCCAGUCCCGGAUGUUCGACGCCCCUCGUCUCCGUGAUAUCCGGAAGCGCAUUGAUAAUGGCGCAUGCUCGAUCCAAGAGAUCGAGGAGACUGCCGAGGCCAUGCUUCCUGAAGUAGCAGAGCUAGCGUCCGAUUACUUGGGCAACACCGUGGUUCAGAAACUGUUUGAAUUCUGCUCUGAAUCUACUAAGGAGCAGAUGCUGUCUCAUAUUGCACCCCAUCUCUCUGAAAUUGGUGUUCACAAGAAUGGAACUUGGGCUGCGCAGAAGAUCAUUGAUGUCGCGAAGACUCCUGGGCAGAUGCAGUUGAUUGUUGAUGCUCUCCGCCCUUACACUGUUCCUCUUUUCUUGGAUCAGUAUGGAAACUAUGUCUUGCAAUGCUGCCUGCGAUUUGCCAGCCCCUUCAAUAGUUUUAUCUUUGAGUCUAUGCUCAGCCGAAUGUGGGAAAUUGCCCAGGGACGUUUCGGCGCCCGAGCGAUGCGGGCUUGUCUCGAAAGCCACCAUGCCACCAAGGAUCAGCAGCGGAUGCUUGCAUCUGCUAUCGCUCUUCACAGCGUGCAGUUGGCUACUAAUGCCAACGGAGCUCUUUUGCUGACUUGGUUCCUUGAUACGUGCACAUUCCCUCACCGCCGAACAGUGUUGGCCCCAAGACUCGUGCCUCACCUUGUUCACCUCUGCACCCACAAGGUUGCCUACUUGACUGUUCUCAAGGUGAUCAACCAGCGUAACGAGCCGGAUGCUCGCGACAUUGUUCUGAAGGCACUCUUCUUCAGUCCCGGCGACGAAGUUUUGGAGAAGAUCCUGAGCGACCAGACAUCCGGUGCGACUCUGAUCUUCAAGGUCUUAACCACCCCGUUCUUUGACGAGUCUAUGCGGACUGAAGUCGUGAAGAACGUGUCUAAGGUUCUCACAAAGCUCAAAGCUUCCCCAAGCCAAGGCUAUAAGCGUCUGAUGGAUGAAGUCGGCCUCUCCUCACGAGGUAGUGGUCGGGAGCAUCACCAUGCACGUGAGCACUCCACCCCGGAGAAAUCGCAACACCGCCAAUCUUCUCGCCACGGAAGCACAGGCUAUCCAGCCCAGACGGCCAUGGACAGACAGUAUAAUGGGCAGUUUACUCCCAACGCGUUUGGACAGAACCCCGACAACCGUCCUAUCUCUGCCGACCCGUCCAACCCCCCGCCCCUUGAUCCAUACUCCAGCAACGGACUCGGAAACCACUUAAACGGUCUUAGCGGUGCAGGCGGAUACAGCCAGGAACCUCUGAGCCAACAACAGCUACAAUACCAAGCCUUCCUCGCCGCACAGGCUCGUGGCGUUUCCACGGGCUAUCCUGGCAUUCCAGGCGCCAACUAUGGCUACCCAGCUGGCUCGCCUGCUGUGGAUAACCUGCGAUCUAUGCAACCGCAGCAGACUCCCCCGCUGUCCAUUGGACCGAACCAGAUGCUUCCCCAGAACAACUACCAACAGUUCAGCCCCGUUGGCAACCCUGCCCAUAUGUAUCAAUACCCUCCGCAAUACUACCCCCAGGCUCAGUCUGUGCAGGGGCAGUCGGGCGGAGGUCGACGUGGACGGCGUUGA